AUGCUGCAGUGGACAUUGAGAACACCGGCUCUCCGUGGCGUCUUCUCCUCCCUCCGGCCUGGCGCCACACACUCAACGCUGCAACCUUUCGUCACCUCGCAGCUCUCACAGACCCGGCUGCUGUCGACGGAAGUCCGUGCUGCUAUAGACAAGGCUGUAGCAUCCGCCCCGGUGGUCCUGUUCAUGAAGGGCACUCCAGAAACCCCCCAGUGCGGCUUCAGUCGCACUACCAUCCAGAUCUUAGGCCUUCAGGGUGUAGAUCCAUCCAAGUUUACAGCUUUUAAUGUCCUUGAGGAUGAGGAAUUAAGGAGUGGCAUCAAGCAAUACUCCGAUUGGCCGACAAUUCCGCAGCUCUACGUGGACAAGGAAUUCGUUGGUGGAUGUGAUAUUCUGAUCAAUAUGCAUAAGGAUGGCAGUCUAGCAGAUCUCCUUGCGGAGAAGAAAGUGAUCGUGGAGGAAGACGACGUCGAGGGCGAAAAGGCCGACGAAGCGAGGCAGACUACCGAACAGAGUACCGGCGGCAGGAGCAAGGACGCAAAAGGAGAGAGCUCCUGA